AAAAAGAAGCUUGUGGUAUCUUGCUUCUAGCCUGAAGCUUAAAGUCUGUAGAAUUCUUUCCUCUCCCUCUCACUUUAUACUUCCUUCCCCUUUAGUCUCGGCUGCAGAGAGGCAGUCAUGAGGGCUCUGCUCCAACUUAUCUUCAUGGUCACCUUACAUCUCUACCUGGCAAGUGGAUAUGAAGGAUCCGGCUACUCACCAGUAGAAGAUGAUGAGGAUAUAUAUGCACGCAAUAGAUAUGGCGACAAAGACACCCCAUGGUGCUCCCCAAUCAAAGUUAAGAAUGGCCAUGCGACCUGCAGCAGUCCUUACAGUUCCUACUACAAGAAUGCAAAGGGGGCAAGAUGCAACAUUUAUUGUCAGAAAGGUUAUGAACUCCAUGGAGCUUCGCAAGUCAUUUGCCAGGAGGAUAAACGCUGGUCUGGCAAAUAUUUAUGCAAGCAGAAGCGAUGUCCCACUCUAACUAUGCCAGUUAAUGGAGGGUUCAAGUGUAUAGAUGGCGCAUACUUCGGCUCCAGGUGUGAAUAUUACUGCUCUCCAGGAUAUCAGCUGAAAGGAGAAAGAGUUGUAACAUGUAUGGAUAGCAAAGUAUGGAGUGGAAAACCUCCAACUUGUGUGGAUUUGGAGCCACCAAGAAUUAAAUGUCCAAGUGUAAAGGACAAAGUAGCAGAACCAAAUAAGGUGACAGCAAGAGUAUUCUGGGAAACUCCAGAAGGACGAGAUACAGCAGAUGGUAUUUUAACUGAUGUUAUACUAAAAGGGCUGCCCUCGGGCACAGACUUCCAAGAGGGGGACCACAAAAUCCAAUAUACAGUGUAUGAUAGGGCAGAAAACAAAGCAUCAUGUAAAUUUAAUGUUAAAGUCAGAGUUAAGCGCUGUCCAAAAUUAAGUUCUCCUGACAAUGGAUACAUCAAAUGUUCAGGGGCUGGUGAUAAUUAUGGAGCUACAUGUGACUACUUUUGUGUCGGAGGUUAUGAACUUCAAGGAAGUCCAGCCCGUGUCUGUCAGUUUAACUCAGAAUGGUCAGGGACAGAGCCAACGUGUUCCUUUAUGAACAUUAAUGUUGGAAUAAACGAUGCAGCAAAGUUUCUGGAUCAGUUUUAUGAAAAAAGAAGAUUACUAAUUGUAUCAACUCCUACUGCUGCUGAUUUCUACUACAGACUGCAAAUUGGAAUGCUUCAGCAAGGUCAGUGUGGCCUGGACUUACGACAUAUUACGAUAAUUGAAUUAUUUGGAGUAUAUCCAACUUAUAUUGGAAGAAUAGGACGCCGGAUUCUACCCCCUGCACUGGGAUUUCAGCUUAGACUGCUGCUAAGAAUCCCCCAAAACAAAUUUCAGUUGGUGGUGUUAGAUAAGCAUGGAAUGGACAAGGAGCGAUAUGUUACCCCCGUCACUAACACAGAUCUUUUUACUUUGAUUGAUGUCUUUCCUCUUAGGAAAGAUGAAAUAAAAAUGCAAGCUGAAUUUGGUCACACUUGUAACUGAUUAUAGUGCUUAUGUGGUCGAUCAACUGUUUCAGAGGUGCUGCCUGCAAUACAUACUUUGGUGUACAGAAUUUUUUCAUGAACUGAUGUAUAUUCUCUCUUUAUACAUACAUAUAUGGUAUUCUAAAGCAAACCAUGCCUUGAAUGUUCUUCACCUAUUGGGUCUAUUAUUCAAAAAUCUGUAAUCCAGAAAACUCCUCAAUAUGGCAAUGCCCCAUUCAGUAGUAUCCUGUUACAACAAUGUCUCGUGUUUGAUCAACUGGCUUUCUCUCUGUAAUAAUAUAGCACACUAAGUACUAACUAAGAUAGCAUUAAUCUAUAGCAAUAGCAACAUAAUUCUAUUGAUGUUUUUUAUUGUUUUAUGGUUUAAAUAUUUUAAGUAGCCUUUUUAAAAACAGAAUCCAAGUAUCUUGGAUAAUAGAUUCCAUCCUGUAUGUUUAUUGUUUAUACAUGUGCUUUUAAAGCAUCAUUUUCUAAUGAUAGCAUUUUAGUGAGGCAUUUAUCGAUAUAAUUGGGAAGUGCUGUAUUCAAGAACAUUAUAUAUUAAAAAGCGUGUACUAAUAAAGUUAUUUUAAUGCUACAAAUCCUACUGAGUAUUGUGAAAGUAAAAAAACAAACAAACAUUACUUUAGCUGGUUUAACAAGACUUUAAUACAAACGAUAAAUAGAUCUGUGAUCUUUGUGUCCAGCAAGGGUUUUCGGGCAGAGAUACAGUUUCACAAUGAAAUGGCUGUAAUUAAAUAAUAAAUAAUUAAUAAAUAAAUUAAUAAAUAAAUAGUGGAAAAUAGAGAAAGGGUCCUGCUAUUUUCACCACUUUCAUUCCAGUAUGUAUACCUCAUAUAAGUCUUAAAUAUAUUUGUGCUUUAAGAUAGGUACAAGCUGCAGCUUUAAAGAGACACAGGUGCUAGCUCUAUAAAGUGUUCUUGCUCCAUGUUUGUGUGUCCAAGCAAAAGGCAUUCUACUGUUAUUUUCAAGCGUACUGUAUGCCUAAAAAAUAUGACAUGGUAAAUGUGUGUUCAGCCCAAGUUUUCCAGGGAACCAAGACAAAGGAACUUGAUUUUGGUAUUGUUUAUUCAGUUGCAUUUAGUUAAGCUUUUUAGUCCUUUAAAUUGUGUAAGGAUAUGGGUAGCUUGGAAGUAUAAGUGUUCCAGAAGCUAUUAACUUAUCAAAUAGAUCAUGCAUGCAACUGUAAAUCUUAGGAGUGGGCCCUUGUGUGGAGAAAGGGUGUUGCAGAACUAUAAUUCUCAGGUGAAAUCAAUAGAUUAGAAUCAGUGGUUCUUAAACCAACAUUUUUGUAAGAAAUGUAACGUCAAUCUCUCGGGGAAUAGGCACAACUGUUAAGAAUAUACGCACAAACAGAACCUUCAUAAGUGUUUGCCCUUCAGGGGCCAGUGACCAGUCUGUGGAUAGUCAUCUUGCAAAUGUUCAAUCCCAAGCUUUAGGCCCUCAAAAAUGGAACCUAGGCAACCUAUAGUAAUCCCUAAGUCUGUACACUUGAGUCCUUCUCCUGAGGGUAGUACACACAGGAUCUAACCCUUUUAGGAUUCUCAGUAAAUACCCUAAUACCCUAACCAAGUUAAGGCAGGGUUUGCGUCAUCUAUUGUCUGCCACAUCAAAUGCUGCUUAGGCACCUCUCCCUGUACUGUUUAAUAAGCUCCAAUCAUGCUAUAACAGUCAAUACCUUACCUUCCUGAGAUCCCUAAGAAUACUUAGGUGUCCAAAUUCUAGGGCACUGUCUAAAUAUAAGGUCCAUUGGGUCCCUACAGUUGGAAAAAAUAGGUGACAUUUCCCUACAUGCCAUGAUCAAGUUAUUUCUACAUAUUGCUCUAACAUCAUAGGGAAAUCUCAGUAAACCUUUUUCCAUAGCUCAGAUCCUUCUGUUUAAUUAAAUCCUUUGUUAUCAUACCCAAGAGUACAAGCAGCAAGCACAGAGGGGUGGGAGGAACACUGUACAGAGCUUCCUUUCCUUGACUCAGAUAGGGACAACAGGCUCAGCUGCAUCUACCAUAUUGUUCUAUUUUAAUCUCUCUAGUCAAAUGCAAAAGGGCUGUGAUCCACAAGCAUGAAUAUAUGAAAGUGUAAUAAGAAUAUUUUUCUCUAUAUGAAAAUAAAAGGAUACAUGCAUUCUGAAAGCAUUAGAUCAGUAAAUCUAAUUUAACAGCCAAAAUAUUAUUGUAAAUCUCAGUAGAUCCUGCAGUAUAUGGCAGUUGUUAACCUCAGGUACAUGGCUUCUUUAUUCAGCUAUUGUAUCAUGUUACAGACCAAACCAUUUCUAAAUUUGUGUCUAAAAAAUGUUUUGGGAAGUCACAUUAUAAGCUUAAUAGCUUCAUUAGCACCCGAGGGUGGUAUUUAGCAUAAUAUUUUGUUUUAAUGUUUCUAAAAGAUAAAAAUCAUAUAUUUACGCCUAAUACCACAAAGUGAUUGAAAUUUGCUUGAUAUACCAGUGCUUUCCUUUGGUACGGGGUACUGUCUCUUUCUACAUAUCACUAUUUGCUUUUAAACAAUGGACAAGCUGAUUCUUAUUCUUGUGGUUUUCUGUAAAACUGUGAAAUCUUGGGAAAGCCAAAGUUUCUGAUAUAUUUAAGGCAAAAUUAAAAAAACAAACAAACAAAAUAAAAAACCUUUUCCCUUACAGAAUCUAUCCCAUCAAACUUGAAUGGAACCUGUAUUCUUGUUUUUUUUCCUCUAUGUAUAUGAAUGGAUGUGUAUAUAUAAAUACAUAUAUCAUGUUUAAUUAUUCCUAGUAUGUUUCCCUUUCUAUAAGGAGACUGUUAGCCUGCGGGCAGGGUCAUUUUUCCCUUUUGUCCUUUUUCUGUUUAUCAGUCUAUAGUAAUGGUGUUUCCUCGGUGUACAGACCCAUAUACAGUUGCAUGAGCACAGUAAUUAAAUAAACUAAAUGGUUUUUACCAA